AUGUCCUCCAAGUUCACGCGAGAAUACAAGUUGGUGGUCGUCGGUGGCGGUGGUGUCGGCAAGUCGUGCCUCACAAUCCAGCUGAUCCAGUCGCAUUUCGUUGACGAGUAUGAUCCGACCAUUGAGGACUCGUACCGCAAGCAGUGCAUGGUCGACGAGGAGGUAGCGCUGCUCGAUGUCCUCGAUACCGCUGGCCAGGAGGAGUACUCUGCGAUGCGGGAGCAAUACAUGCGCACUGGCGAGGGCUUCCUCCUUGUCUACUCGAUCACGUCGCGUGAGAGCUUCGACGAGAUCAGGACCUUCCAACAGCAAAUUCUGCGUGUCAAGGACAAGGACGUCUUCCCCAUGGUGGUUGUCGGUAACAAGCUGGAUUUGGCGAGCGAGCGCCGCGUGACGGUUGAGGAGGGCAAGGCGCUGGCUGAGGAGUUCAAGUGUAUGUUUCUGGAAACCUCGGCCAAGACCAACACCAAUGUCGAGCAAGCAUUCUACGAGGUCGUCCGUGCGAUCAGGAGGUACAACCGCGAGAUGCAGGGUGGACCCACCCCCGGUGGUGGCCUCUCGCACAACGGUGUCGGCAUGGGUAAGAUGGACAUCGCCGACGACGACGCACAGGCCGGCUGCUGCUCCAAGUGCGUACUGAUGUAA